GCUUGCUGCUCGCUGAGCAGCUGCAACCUUUCCGCUCCUUGAUUGAAAAUCGCCGUCCUUACAAUACUUUCUUUCCUUCAAGUCCGCAAGCAUGCUCCUCGCGAAUCUCCUGGCCGGUGUCGUCUUCUCGCUGGCUGUUACGCCCAGCACCGUCGCGAUGCCUUCUCUGGGCAUCUCCGAUGCGGUUGCACGCGAGCUGACCUAUCACCCCGUCGGACGCUCCCUCAAUCCUUUGGAGAUCUCCGUGACUGCUUCGAAGCACAAGAGAAUGACGAAUGCAGAGAGGUUGGCCAGAGGAUUGCCGCUGAAUGUGCCGAUGCGUAGGGCUCCUGGUCGACUGAGGGUGCGCACGUCGCCCACACCAACUAUGAGCGCCUCUGAUACUCCAUCCCCAACACCAACCCUGCGCCGCCUUCAUCCUCUUCGAGUUCUCCUUUCACUUCAUCUUCUGCGCCAUCUGACUCCAGUUCCUCCUCGAGCUCUUCCUCUAGCGUAUCUUCUUCGCCCUCCAUUUCUUCUGCCUCAUCCGCGCCCUCAGCUGUACCGACCUGCACCACUACGAGCGGCAAGAUUCAAAUGCAGUACACGGAUUCCCAAGGUCAGAUACAGAGCGGGUGGCUGUCCGCCUCUGCCAGCGCCUUUGGCGAAUACGCUUUCACUACGAGUGUCGGCCAAGCGAUGCUCCUAGCCUACCAGAUAUGCGAAGGCGACGCUGCCGGAACCCCGGUCACAUUUUUUUCCACCAACGGACCCGCUACUUACCCAUACCUUGCUGGCGUCGUCGGCUUCGCGAGCUUGAACAACGACUUGGGCCCUGACAUGUUCAACUACGUGUACAUCGGUGGCUCUGCUAUGGAAGUCCCGGCCGGACCAGCGCAGUACGAGAAGAAUGCCUUCUCCGAUGCUAGCGGUGCCCGAGAGGGUCUCGAGACUGCUAUAUGGUCCAUCGGCGCCGGAGGAGCGAUUGCUGCCCAGUGGGUCAACACCAACGGCGCUGUGUUCACCCCGCAGAUUGCCUAUAUACCUUCCAGUGGCGCUUUUGCACUCCUCGGCGACGUUUCCCAGUUCAUUACCAACUUUGGCGGUGCAUACCCUGCGACUUGGACGUUUGUCACUAACAUCCAAGAGUAGUUCGAUUGCUUCGUAAAGAGGACUGCGCAGACAGGCCUCAUACUAGGCCAGUUUGCUACUGCCGUAGUCAACUGUCUCAUCGUCAAGCAGCAUGGAUGGAUGCGUUGUGGUCUUUAACAGAAAGGACUUAACAGGAUUGUCCUUUUCUUAUUGCGAGUUCUCUUCGGACAGCUAAGAGUAAUUACACAGUAUACGUCCGCGCCAGGACACACAUAAUGUUCACACAUUGCGCGUAUGUAAUCAGCGCACAUUGUUAAUCAAGUGUGC